GGUGUUUCUACGUAGAUGGGCAAACUGUCCAUCACCCUAAAGCUUUGCAGUUACAAUGCAUGUGCCUCUGCUGCCUCCAAUGGAUAUAUGUUACAUAUGGUUUGUUCUUGCAAUGAGGCUUCUUCUCCCACAGAGAGAGAGAGAGAGAGAGAGAGAGAGAGAGACAUAGAGAGGAGAAUGGGUUCGUUUCUAUGGACAGUGUGCCUAAGUUUCUUGAUUUUGGUAUGUGGAACAAUGGCUGGUACUCCAAGAAGGUCAGUGGAUGUGCCUUUUGGUCGCAACUAUGUACCUACAUGGGCUUUCGAUCACAUAAGCUACUUCAAUGGAGGUACCGAGAUUCAGCUCAAACUAGACAAAUACACAGGUACUGGUUUUCAAUCCAAGGGAUCCUACUUGUUUGGUCACUUUAGCAUGCACAUAAAGAUGGUUCCAGGCGACUCAGCUGGAACUGUAACUGCUUUCUAUUUAUCUUCUCAAAACUCUGAGCAUGAUGAGAUAGACUUUGAGUUCUUGGGGAACAGAACUGGGCAGCCAUACAUUUUACAGACAAAUGUCUUCACAGGAGGAAAGGGAAACAGAGAGCAGAGGAUUUAUUUAUGGUUUGAUCCUACCAAGGAAUACCACACAUACUCUGUACUAUGGAACUUGUAUCAGAUUGUGUUCUUUGUGGAUGAUGUGCCAAUCAGGGUGUUCAAGAACAGCAAGGAUUUGGGAGUGAGAUUCCCAUUCAACCAACCAAUGAAGCUAUACUCAAGCUUGUGGAAUGCAGAUGACUGGGCAACAAGGGGUGGCUUGGAGAAGACAGACUGGUCUAAGGCUCCAUUUAUAGCCUCCUACAAGGGCUUCCAUAUUGAUGGGUGUGAGGCAUCAGUUAAUGCCAAGUUCUGUGACACCCAAGGCAAGCGUUGGUGGGAUCAGAAGGAGUUCCAAGAUCUUGAUGCUGCUCAAUACAGGAGACUCGCGUGGGUUCGCCAGAAAUAUACCAUUUACAACUACUGUACUGAUCGCUCCCGCUUUCCUACCAUGGCUCCUGAAUGCAAGCGUGAUCGCGAUGUCUAAUCCCCUUGAAAUAAUACCCUUGUAGGUAUUGCUAUUACUGCCAAUUAUUCUGAUGAAUUUGUCUUUAAAGGAAAGGAAGGUGGAGUGAGUGUGUAUUUGUAUUGUAUGUCUUCUAUUUGUUACCAUCAUUCAUAUUAUUAUAACAUGAUUUCUGUUAAUUUAUUUAAA